AAGUUCAAAGUUCACCACCAAGGCAAACAGUAAUGAGAGUAAGGGAAAGAAAACGAGGACAGACAGGCUAAGCAGGUUACCGGACGAAAUCAUCCACCGUGUGCUUUCCUUUGUGGACGCAGUUUCAGCUGUUCAGACGAGCGUUUUGAGUAAGCGAUGGAAGAAGCUUUGGACUUCCCUCCCCGUCCUCAACUUCAACUCUUCCUCCUUCCACCACCCUCUCCUCUUCCACUCUUUCAUCCACCACUUCAUGUCCCACAGAGACUCUUCCACCAACCUCUACGCCCUCAACUUCUCCUGCAACGAUGAACUCGACGAUGGCCACGUCGUUGAUUCCAUCAUUGACCAUCUUACCCUCUCACCCACCAUUCAGUUUCUCACCAUCUAUGCUGAAUGCCCAGAGGCCAACCUUCCUCAAGUCUCUUUGUGCCAAUCCCUCACCACCCUCAAGCCCGCCGACAUAUGCAACGAGGCCACAACGUUUGACUUCGUUUCUCUUCAAGGCUUUUACCUUUUUGAUUGUCGGUUCGAGUGUGGGGCAGAGGAAACACUUGAUCUUUUCAAGGGUUGUGUUAAUCUCAAAUGCUUUUGUCUGCAUGAUUGUCUGUGUUAUGGCAGUGUUAAGAGCUUCAAAAUCUCUGCGCCCCAUCUUGAGUGUCUCGGAGAUGAGAGUGGAUGAUGUGUUUGAUUCUGACUGUGCUAUUGAGCUUUUCACGCCAAAGCUUCAAUCUUUUAGCUACUGUGACUCUCAUCUUUAUAAUUUUUCUGCAAAGGUGAGUCUUUCCCAAGUGGAGAAAGUAGAUAUUGUUAUAAACUGUUUGACUAAGGAUACUAAUCUUUCUCUUCGACUGAUUGGGUUGUUUGAGGGGAUGGGAAGUGCAAAGUUUGUAUCUUUAUCCCUUGAUGUCACUAAAGUUCUGUCUAUGUUUCGUGAUCUGUUGAAUGGUCGGUCUUCUCCUUUCACUAGAGUGGUGAGUUUUAAGUUAAACAUGGGAAGACCUGCUUCCUCCUAUGUUAUACAUUCCAUUGUCAUGGCCUACUUAUUUAGUGGAUCUCCUGAAAUGGGAAGGUAUGGGAAGGAUAUAUAAAAAAAAUCAUCUUUUUGUUUUCUUUUACUACUUAUUAUAAAUGCAGAGCAUUCAUACACUGAUUAAUUGUUAUGUUGCUUUAUGGAAUGCAAAUUUUUUUUUUAAGGUCGAAAUUACUUGAUAUGCAAUAACUCAACUGUUUGGUGUUUAAGAAAAUUCAACGAGCUAAGAUACUUAAUCCAACUAAGGCCACAUUUAUAAAGCCUUGGUGUCGUCUAUAUCACAUAAGAUUCAACAAUGUUUUAAGUUGCUAUUUGACUUCCUCACACAUGACACAUUCCUUGGGGCUGAAUAUGUAAAGCUUUGUGAAACUGGAUUGGUUUUAUAAGAGAAGGCUAAAGGAAUAUAGAAAAGUCUAUCAAAUAUAAAAUUUGUGUGUGAUAAAAAGGGGUGGAAGAAGGCCUAAGGUUAUCUAAUGGAAUGUAAUCCUUUUUACUUUAUUCCAUCCUGUCACCAUUCUUUAAUCUAGUUGAAUUUUAUAUAGAAAAGGGCUAUAAAUCAUGAUUACCUAUAAAGCUCAAACAUCUCUGCAAAAUGCCUUAUCAACAUAAUGACACUUAUCAUAUACAUCUUGAACACGUGUCUGACAUCUUUCUACUAUGUCAAUACUUUUUUUGGGCUCGAAUACAUCUCUAAUAUAUCUUGAACUCCUUCAUGACAUAACUUGGACACAAGCAAAGAGUGGGAGUCAACUCAGGCUCUUGGCUAAACACUUAUGUGACACAUGCAUGUAGUGUCCCAAUGUGCUAUAUUUUUGACAUUACAUGUAUCCCUGUCCCGGUGUUCGUGUCAGAGUGGUGCUUUCUAUUCAUUGCUGUUAAAAUUCGUAAUCGUUUGGUUCUAGCCCAUGUAAUGAACUGAUAUGGAUCACAGAGUAGCAUUCUUCAUAAGGCCUUGAGAGAGAAUGUUAUGGUAUAUUUUUUGGCUUCAUUGAAGUUGAUUACAGAUCUUUUGUUUUUACAUUACAGCUGCUUAGAGUAAAAACAAAUUUGAUAGAUGAUGGCUUGCGGCAAACUGCCACCGUUUUACUUUUAGGAGGAUAGAGAUGUUUUGCUUGGGUCUAAAGUAAUAAAGUACUUGUAUUUUCUGCUAAGAAGUACGUGCCAACGUUCUUAUUCUGAUGUCAUAUUUGUUACAUAUGUUUAUUUUGCUAUCAUUUAGGCUCUUGCUGUAAUAGCCUGUAACUGGAGUGUUUUUUUUUUUUUUUUUUU